UUAGGGUAAACGUGGACUUUGGAGUAGAAGCUUUACACAUGUCUGCAUUGGAAAGUGAUGUGUCCAGAGUUAGGUUAUCCUUCCAACAUUUCUCAUGGAUAGAUUAUUCAAUAUUCGUGAUCAUGUUAGGAGUAUGUGCUGGAAUAGGAAUUUAUUUCGGGUUCGUUAAGAAACAGACAUCCACGAAGGAUUACUUGAUGGGGGGAAGGAAUAUGAAACUGGUUCCAAUUUGUUUUUCACUGGUUGCUAGCUUCAUUUCCGGUAUAUCUUUAUUGGGGAUACCAACAGAGAUUUAUUUAUAUGGUAGUUCAUAUGUUUUCACUAUGGUCGGAGCCUUGAUGAUGUCAUUUGUUGUGACAAGCACAUUUAUUCCUGUGUUACACGAAUUACAAUUAACAUCGGCGUAUGAGUACUUAGAACUACGCUACGAUAAAAGGACAAGAGUGUUUGGAUCGAUCAUAUUCAGUGUAUAUUUGAUGGCUUGGCUUCCUAUUGUGAUAUACGUUCCAGCUUUGGCGUUUAAUCAAGUUACAGGGGUCAACAUACACAUCGUGUCUCCAAUCGUGUGUCUUGUUUGUAUAUUUUAUACAUGCGUGGGAGGUCUUAAAGCAGUUGUUUGGACCGAUGUUAUCCAGACAGUUGUUAUGAUCGGAGCUAUGCUUUUAGUGAUUAUCAAAGGAACUGUUAUCGUUGGUGGGGUUGAUGAAGUUUUCGCGAAGAAUUGGGCUACGAAUUCAAAUAGAUUAGAAUUCCCACGUUGCAGUGUAGAUUUCACAGAACGGCACUCGAUAUGGUCAGUAACAAUAGGCUCCACAUUUUACUGGAUCGGCAACAUAGCAGUAAAUCAGUCGAUGAUGCAGCGAUUUCUAGCUUUGUCGAAUGUUAAAAUGUCAAAAAGAGCAGUGUGGGGAUUUUUUUCUGGAGUAAUUUUAAUCGUUUCUAUAUGUAGUUAUAGCGGUCUUUUAGCUUAUGCGAGGUUUUAUGAAUGCGAUCCUUUAAAUUCAAAAUUAGUAUUGGCAAAGGACCAGCUACUGCCAUUGUUGGUGAUGGACGUGUUAGCGGAAUGGAAGGGUAUGCCCGGAAUAUUUGUAGCUGGAGUUUUUAGUGCUGCACUGAGCUCACUUUCUACAGGGUUGAAUUCAAUGGCUGCCGUUGUACUUGAAGAUUUUUGGAAACCAUUUUUUCAUAAACUCAGUCAAAAGCAAACUCAAAUACUCGUGAGAUCUGUGGUUGUUGUUCUUGGUUGCAUUUGUGUUGGUUUGGUGUUCGUUGUAGAGAAAUUAGGAUCAGUUUUGCAACUCACCAUGAGCUUAUCAUCAGCAUCCAUGGGACCGCUAGCUGGAAUAUUUCUCAUGGGAUUAUUUUUACCUUUUAUUGAUGGAGUGGGUGCAUUAACCGGUGGUAUAGCUGGUUUAAUCACAGCGUGGUGGGUGGCAGCCCAAUCACAGCUGGCGCAAGCGAGAGGUUUUCUAAUGUUUGAUGAAAAAGAAAGACAUACAUUUAAUUGUUCCUAUACUUUUGAACCAAUGGCUCAUGCCGAUGAUAUUAUUGAAGGGGAGGUUCCAUAUAUUUAUAGGAUUUCUUAUUUAUGGUUUACUGGUCUUGGAUGCUCGGUGACUGUAAUAGUGGCUUGCCUUGUAAGUUUGAGAACGUUGAAAAUUAAAAAUGACCCCAGACUCUUUGCACCAUUUCUAAGAUCUUGGCUAAAGCACAAAUAUGAGGUCGAACAUAUGGAUUUAAAAACUACUCCGGGCUAAUGAUAAAUACUUUUUAUAAGACUAUUUAAAAUAGAAAAAAUAAAAUAAAAAUUAAAAAUACCACUAU